AUCAUGAAAUUUUUUGUGAAAUUUUUGGUUUAUUUGAUUUCCUUGAAAAUUGUUUCUGCCUGUCAAGGGCAUAAGCUGAAGGUUAACUAUAUACAAAAUAUCGACAGCGAUAGUGUCAUUAAAAUUAUGGAAAAUUCAACUGCAAAAUUGACAAAAGAUUGCUUCAUAAUUCCAUCAGCUUGUGGUAGAACUAAUGGAUUUAAUACAGCUAUGGUUCAUGUUGAGGUGUUUAAAAAUAAUUUGUCGAUUCACAAAUCUGACUUUGAUGGAUGUAAAAACUUGGAGGACGCUCAACCUGAAUUUAAGGAAAUGAUUAAGAUGUUUGGAUUACCGGAACAUUGCCCAGUCAGUAAGGUUGAUACUUGUGAAGAUGGAUCGAAAAAAAUUGAUUUGAAUAAAUACAAGCACAUUUUUAACUUGGCAAGAGGCGGAGCUAUUCGAACUGAAGUUGAAAUUAAACACGACAAUGGCAAAAGUACAUUCAAGAGUGAAUUUCAAAUAACUAAAAAUUAAUUUUUUAAGGAUGUAAAGGUGGAAUAAUUUUUGGCAAGGAUUUCAUUUUUUUU